ACCCCGUCUUUUUUUGGCCGACGUGUUUGCGACGUCAUAGUUUUUUACUUUUAUUUUUUUAUUUCGGCGAUUUUUUACUUUCCAUUUUCGUGACCAUGGCUGAAAACAUCGAGGAUCUUGUUCUCCCGGACAUUCCCAAGGAGCUCGCUCAGCAGUUUAAUCUGCUGGAGCAGAAGUUCGCUCGCGCCGAGGUUGACCAGAUCCGCAAUGGCGUCACUCGAUUCCGCCCCCUGCUCAAGGAGCGCGACGAGGCCAUCGCAAAGUCCGCCCUGAAGGAUAGCUUCUGGAUCCAAGUGUUCGCCAACUCGCCCCCCGAUAUCGACGAGUACGUCCUGGAGUCCGACGCCGCCGUGCUGGGCACCGCGCUGAAGAACGUGCUUGUGGAGCGCUUCGAGGUCGACGACAAGGGCCAGGGCGAGCCCCGCAGCUUCCGCCUGACCCUCGAGUUCCGCACCGCCGACAACGACCACUUCGAGAACGAGAAGCUGGUGAAGGAGUUCCACUGGCGCAAGCAGAUCACGCGCUCCCCCUCGGGCAAGAAGCGCACCUGGGAGGGCCUCGUCUCCGAGCCCGUGCGCAUCAACUGGAAGCCCGGCAAGGAUCUGACCAAGGGCCUGCUCGACGCCGCCUGCGACCUCGCCGACGCCGAGAAGAAGAGCAAGGGCGAUCGCAAGGACCUGCCCGAGUUCGCCAAGCUGCAGAGCAAGAUCGAGGAGGCCGCCGAGGCCAACAACGAGGAGGGCAAGGAUGCCGACGACGAUGACUUCUCCCUGGGCCAGCUGAGCCCCGCCGGAACGAGCUUCUUCUCGCUCUUCGGAUACCGCGGCCGCACCGUUUCCGCCGAGGAGUCCCAGGCUGCCACCAAGGAGGACGACGAGCGAUUCGAGAAGCUGCUCAAGGGAGAGCAGGUCGAUGAGGAGAACGACGACGAGGAGGAUGACGAGGAUGACGAGGACAUCGAUGAGGCCAUUGAGAUCUUCCCCGAUGGCGAUGAGCUCGCCAUCGCCCUGGCCGAGGAUCUUUACACUCACGCCUUCAAGUACUUCGGUUAG